AAUUUGAAAAUCAAAGAUAAUCAGACAGACGGAGAUAGAGAGCAACAGCCAUGGAAGGCUUGAAGCUCGGACACACUCUGCAGAAUAGCCAUGGCUUGAACCUUCUUGUCCAAAUUCCAAAUUCAAGCUUAGUUUCCAGACCAUCUUUCCCAAUUCAACCCAAAUGCAACCUGGCUCUUUCCACAGGUUGCCGGGUUUAUGCUGGCUCUAUAAUCAGAAAACUAGCCCUCAUUUCUCCCAGUGGUUUGCCCUGUGGACAUUCCAAUCUGAAGCAAACAAGGGAAGUACGAUUUACCACAAGAAGCACAUCAGCAUCAACACAGCCUAUGACUGAGGAACUGGUAGAGGACAAGUCCAAGGAUCUCCCAACAAGUGGUGAUUCUAUACGGCGCCGAUUUCUCGAUUUCUAUGCUUCUCGUGGGCACAAGGUUCUUCCAAGUUCUUCUCUUGUGCCAGAUGAUCCCACAGUUCUACUGACAAUUGCAGGAAUGCUUCAAUUCAAGCCUAUAUUCCUUGGAAAGAUUCCCAGACAAGUACCUCGUGCUACAACUGCUCAAAGGUGCAUACGUACCAAUGAUGUGGAGAACGUAGGUAAAACAUCUCGACACCAUACUUUCUUUGAGAUGCUUGGGAACUUCAGCUUUGGAGAUUACUUCAAGAAGGAAGCAAUUAAAUGGGCAUGGGAGCUUUCAACAAUAGAGUAUGGGUUGCCAGCUGACAGAUUAUGGAUUAGUGUUUAUGAAGAUGAUGAUGAAGCUUUUGCAAUAUGGACCAAAGAGGUGGGUGUUCCUGUGGAGCGCAUAAAGAGGAUGGGUGCUGAGGACAACUUCUGGACCAGUGGAGUGACUGGUCCCUGUGGUCCAUGCUCUGAGAUUUAUUACGAUUUCCAUCCUGAGCGGGGAUAUUCGGAUGUUGAUCUAGGUGAUGACACUAGGUUUAUAGAGUUUUACAACCUGGUUUUCAUGCAAUACAACAAAAAAGAUGAUGGAUCACUGGAACCCCUCAAACAGAUGAAUAUAGAUACUGGGCUUGGCCUAGAGCGUAUGGCUCGCAUCCUUCAGAAGGUUCCAAACAAUUAUGAGACUGACUUAAUUUAUCCUAUCAUAGAGAAAGCCUCAGAAUUGGCAAAUGUCUCGUAUGCUCUUGCUGAUGAUCAUGCAAAAAUGAACCUUAAGGUUAUUGGAGAUCAUUUGCGUGCAAUUGUUUAUCUCAUAUCAGAUGGCGUUGUUCCAUCAAAUAUUGGAAGAGGUUAUGUGGCUCGGCGGCUUAUCAGAAGAGCUCUUCGAACUGGAAGGUUACUUGGUAUAAAGGGAGAUGGUAGGGGGAACCCUGAAGGGGCAUUUUUACCAACCAUUGCAGAAAAAGUAAUAGAGUUAAGUAGCCAAAUAGAUCCCGAUGUAAAGAGUAGAGCACCUCGCAUUCUUGAGGAGUUGAAAAGGGAGGAGUUGCGUUUUGUACAGACACUAGAGAGAGGAGAAAAGUUGCUUGAUGAAAUGCUGGCUAAUGCAUUAUUAAAUUCUAAUGAAAAUGGAAACGGGCCUAUUUUGUCAGGAAAAGAUGUAUUUCUUUUGUAUGACACUUAUGGAUUUCCAGUGGAGAUAACAACAGAAGCUGCUGAAGAACGUGGGGUUGGUAUAGAUAUGAAUGGUUUUGAAAUUGAAAUGGAGAACCAAAGGCGGCAAUCUCAGGCUGCGCAUAAUGCUGUUAAACUGGCAGUUGGAAAUAGUGCAGAUCUUACUGAAAAUAUUUCUGACACUGAAUUUCUAGGAUAUGAAACCCUCUCUACCAAAGCAGUAAUUGAAGGCCUCUUGGUGAAUGGGAACCCAGCAAUCCAAGUUUCCGAAGGAAGUGAUGUAGAAAUUUUUCUGAAUAGGACACCCUUUUAUGCUGAAUCAGGUGGUCAAAUUGGAGAUCAUGGUUUCUUAUAUGUAAGUGAAGAUAGAAACCAAAAAAAUGCUGUUGUUGAGAUAAAAGAUGUCCAGAAAUCUCUGGGUAACAUAUUUGUUCAUAAGGGCACUAUCAAGGAAGGAGUUGUAGAGGUUGGCAAAGAAGUAGAAGCUGCAGUAGAUGCAAACCUGAGGCAACGGGCUAAGAUUCAUCAUACAGCUACUCAUUUGCUACAAGCUGCACUUAAAAAAGUUAUAGGUGAUGAAACAUCACAAGCUGGUUCACUGGUGGCUUUCGAUCGUCUCAGGUUUGACUUUAACUUCCACCGACCACUUCAGGAGAAGGAGCUCGUGGAAAUUGAAGAAUUGAUCAAUGGAUGGAUUGGGGAUGCAACACUGCUCCAGACUAAAGUGAUGCCUCUAGCUGAUGCAAAAAGAGCUGGAGCUAUUGCAAUGUUUGGAGAAAAAUAUGGUGAACAGGUACGUGUUGUAGAGGUUCCAGGUGUAUCCAUGGAGCUAUGUGGUGGGACCCAUGUCAGCAAUACUUGUGAAAUACGCGGCUUCAAAAUAAUCUCAGAACAGGGUAUUGCGUCUGGGAUCAGGCGUAUUGAAGCUGUUGCUGGGGAUGCUUUCAUCGAAUAUGUCAAUGCUAGAGAUAAUCACAUGAGACAACUAUGCUCCACUCUGAAAGUGAAAGCUGAAGAAGUGACUACUAGGGUAGAAGCUCUCUUGGAGGAGUUACGGAUGACAAGAAAUGAAGUUUCUGCUGUUCGUGCAAAAGCAGCAGUAUACAAAGCAUCAGUUAUGGCAGGCAAUGCAUUCCCAGUGGGGACUUCAAAAAAAAUCAGGGUACUAGUUGAGAGUAUGGAUGAUAUUGAUGCGGAUUCACUAAAGAGUGCGGCUGAAUACCUCAUUGAUACGCUACAAGAUCCUGCAGCUGUCAUUUUGGGCUCAUGUCCUAGUGAAGAGAAGGUAAGUUUGGUUGCAGCAUUUACCCCAGGGGUUGUUGAUCUAGGAAUUCAGGCAGGGAAGUUUAUAGGGCCCAUAGCUAAGUUGUGUGGUGGAGGAGGAGGUGGCAGACCUAAUUUUGCUCAGGCAGGUGGAAGGAAGCCUGAGAAUUUGUCAGGUGCUCUAGAAAAAGCUCGAGAAGAGCUUGUUGCCAUUCUAUCUGAAAAAGCAAGCUGAAAUCAGUUAUAGUCUAUUGGCAUGAAAUUUCUACUUGGAGUGAAGUACUCAAGACCAUACUUGCUUCAGAAAGAUUCAGAGAAUUCUACUGCAGUAGCUGCAAAGAGUAAGUGUACUUCCAUAUAUCACCUUGUUCAAUCACACCAACAGCAUACAAAAAUACUUUUUCUUUUCUUUUUGAUAGGAAAAAGGAAACUGUAAACGCAUGGCAUAGUUUUACUUCAUUGUGAUUCUCGUAAUGAAGUAUGGCCUUGAGCAAGCCAAUAUGUACAUGCUCUUCUCCAUUUUGUACAAGCUUUGACAUUGCACCUCUUCAACUUUUGAUUCACCUUUCGACCAUAUUGUCUUUUGGAAACUGAGGAACCCAACCGAAAAAAGACAGAAAACAUUGUACUGAAAAGCAACUCAAAGAUGACUAAAACACCUAAAUCAGAGACUUUAGAAUGGGUAGAAAGCACCCUGGAAAAUUUUUAGAACCACAUCUAGAGUUCCCUGACUGUGGCCGAAAAGUAUUAGAAAAAUUAUCUAGAAAUGACACUGGGUUUCUCUACGGGUGUCCAUCCUCAGAAGACAGUUGCUGGUGACUAUUUUCUGCUUGUAUUUUUUUCUGCAUUGUUAUUUCUUGAGAUCCAAAUCUCAGAUUGACAAAUAGCAUACAGCCAGUACUCCAAUGUCAAUGUCAAAACAGAUAAGGUAACCAGGAACCGGAGCCAGUUGAGUGAUCAUAGAACCAAGGCCCUCCAGGGUGAAGGCUCUGGCAGGCCAAUACCUAAACCCCAUGAGAUAUUUCCAUUUUUGGUUGUGCUGGCUCUGAAUCAUGCUUAGGUUAGCAUACCAUCUAACUCUAUAUUAGCCAUCCAGAGAGACAAUGAUUUGACAUAAGUCAUUAGGUUAAGUGCUCCCCCUUUACACUCUUAUGGGAGUACCAUGUCUGACCAAGUACACUAUUAUUUGAACUUUAUGGAUCCACAUCCCCUCCACUUCCACGAUUCCAGAAUGCUGUUCCAAUCAAAGCAUACUAUAGUGGGAGUAUUUUGAGUUAAAAGUCAAAUUAUCAAAAGAAUUUGAACGCAUGCUUGCAUUCGAGUGCAAUCAUGUUCUAUUAUGGUAAUAUUCAAAGCUACCAAGUUGCUGCCUCAUCAUCAAUAUUCAUCAAGGAAACAGCAGCUGUUUAUAUUUUCAUAAUGUGGGCACCAUGAGACACAGUAAAAUAUGUAUCUGACACUUGGAUUAUGCAUAAUAUGAAUUGAACUCUUUAUUUAUACACUUAAUGCCUCGUUUGAUUAAUGAUAUCUUACACAUGGACUAAGUAGGAAGCCCUGGAGUUGAGAUAUGUUCUUCAAACUAUUUGUUGUCAAUUCUAGGAGGUGAUGUCUUACCGGUGCUGGAUGAUAUGGUGGUUGUAACCGAGGAUCUUGCUGAUAUAAUUUAGGGGGUUGUUACAACAUUAUCGAGCUGGACAAAUGGCUUGAAUUCUUCUCUUUGGAAUGUGAAAACACCCUGUUCAGCUUUACUAUUUUCCGAUGUUGGAUAGUUAACUUCUUCAGGAUGAGUCAUUUCAGGGACAAAAAUUUAGCUGGUGGGCGCCAGCUCUAUUGUCUUUGGCAGGUAUAUGUUGACUGGGUAUACUCUCAUCGACAGAGAGUUUUCCUUAUUGGCCAUGUUUGAUGCUGCAAUGGUUGUUGCCAUAUUUCAGAUUUUCCCAAGGUUUCUUCUGUAUUCCUGACAACCAAACAAAGGAUUACAGAUCAGCUCUAACUUCCAUUGUGCUCAGCCAACAAAAAGUGCAAGCCAUGGGGUCAGGGACUAUGGGCAGCUGGAUUCAAUAUGGUUGAAAUUCAUGAUGUUUGUAGGCGGUGGCAUACACCUAGGACAAAGCCAUAAUGCAGAAUGCUACAAUGAUAAAUCGAUGGCUACCCAAAUUUGACCUGAAAAUUGGUGGUGGAUCCUCAAGAAACCUAUGCUGUUGGCAUGCAAUUAAUCCGUGGUCCUCGGAGGCGGACCAUCGAUCAUUCAAAGACAGUCCUACCCCUACAGGAAUGGCGCUUCUGCUUGAAGAUAUGAUCUCAAUGCAUGGUUAUUUUUGGGUUUUCGUAGUCCCUUACAGUGAGACUAGGCAUGGGGCAAGAAACAGAAGGUUCUCUUAUUCCAUAGCCAACUCUAGCUGUUGUGUUUUGGCAUUAUUCUUACUUGAUGAGUCGGAUUUGGGAGACUUUGUUCU